AUGCAGACGAGUCCGCCGCUCUGGGAAGCCUCGGUCGGUGAAAUGGGCGCAGGCUCCAGGACGCCAGUUUGCCCGUCGGUGGCCUCAAGGACAGAAGAGCCCCACCCAGUCGACAACCAGACAGACAAGUCGUGUUCUCCUCCUCCUCCUCUCCCUUCAUCGCCAACUGGUACGUGGGCACCUGAGGCGCGUCGGCAGGAUGCAAAUACUGCAGCAAUUGCCUCUGCUGCUGCAUCCAUUCAUCCGUCAACCAGUCGGGCCAGGCUCGGCAGACGGACGGGCUCCUCUCUGCCUAGGAGCUCUACACAUCGGGCAGCUUAG